CACAUGUGUUCAUAUUGAGCUCUGAUCUGGACUGAGAAAAAAGACAGAAGAUGAUGCAGGAAGACAGACAGGAAAAGAGAAAGACAGAUGUGCUUCUUUAUCAGUGAGAGUGAGACAGUUCAUAUAUGAAGCUGACGGAGAGACGCAGUGCACACGCUUGAUCACUUUUCUCGUGAUCCUGGCUUUCCUCUAAAACCACUUAAAGUACUAUCUGAGCUCAUUCAUCCUCUCAGGAUCAGUGAGACCCUUCUGUUACCCAACACUUCAGAGAGAGAGAGAGAGAGAGAGAGAGAGAGAAGUAGAGGAAGCGUGAACAGAGUGAUUGACUGAUGUAAUAAUAAUGAGUGUGUUGUGGAGUGUGUAUCUGGCUGUGACGCUCGUCUCACACACACUCUGCACUCUCUCACCUGAAAAUGAGGUACCACUGCGCACAACUACCUGGUUGAGUGAUGGCAAGAACACACCUGUCCACCUGCGCAAAGGACACACACAUAGGCUCCAUUUUACACUGAGGAAGAAGACGACAGCUCUGAUGCUCACAGUUUCUCCCUGUUCAGGAAGUGUAGAGUGGAGUCUGACUGCACACACGCUGAAGGACAAACCAGCCAAGGAUCGUUAUUGGAGCUUUAAGAAGAGCGAGCCUGAAGUGUGGUGGAGAAAAUCAGCAAGUGAAAAGACACUUCACACCUACUCAGGCAGUGCUGUGGACACCUACGAAGGUCCUGUGCUUCACCCAGUCUCCGUUUACACACUGCGGAUUAAAUCAACGCAGGAAGACAUGCAUGCAUACGUUUAUCUCCAUGAAGGACCCGCACCAUGGGGGGUGUUUCCAGAGUUGCCCUUAGACCCCAGAGUGCACAUGCUCGGGGUCGGGAUGAGCAGUGUGACACUGACCUGGAGCCCAAGUUCGUCUGUCAUCAAAGCACUACACACACACAAACAUGCACGGCCGUAUGAGUACUGUGUUACCGUAAACCGUAAACACAACUACAGGAGCAUGUGUGCUGCACAAGAGGGGAAAGGAGGAAUGAAAGACGAGUGGAAGAAAAAAGCAGUGGUCAAACUGGACAGAUCUGACGAGCAUGUGUGUGUUUGUGAAGAGGUGGAAAGUGUGUGUACCGUCUCUGAGCUCCUCCCAAACACACUCUAUUACUUUGAUGUGUUUGUGAUUGACAGAAUGAAUGGCACCAGUGCAGCAUAUACAGGAACAGUUGCGCGCACACAUGCAGAACCGUACGCACAUGCAGAAACGCAAACCCAUGCAGAACCAUACACACACAGAGUGACCCCGCUGAGGGAGGGGCAAGUGCUGUGGGUCACACUGAGCUCUGGGGCAGAUCAGAGGCGGAGCUUCCGUUUCCGGCCCCGUGGUGGGCAGAAGAACGGCCUACUCACACUGCUGAGCUGCAACAACACCCACACACUCUCUGUUUCAGUCUCGGCCCGAGGACAUGAGCUGACAUCACAGGAAGUGGGAGAUCAGCUGAUCCAGAUGUGGCUGCAGGGGUUCUCAUCCUACCUGAUCCAGCUCAGACUCUCUACUCGAAACACACAUGCUGCAGAGAGAGAGAGUUUGUGUGUGAAAAUGCAGGCAUCGUCUGCGUUCCACCGUCGGGGGGCGCCGGCGCUGCCACACACACUCCACAUCAAGAGCUUUAACACACUGCGCACCUGCAACUCUGUUACACUCGCAUGGAUGGGGACCGAGGAACGAGGACUGUACUGCCUCUACAGACGCAGAGCAGAUGAGCAGAGUGAGACAGGUGGACAGAGGAGCGAUACAGGUGGACAGAAGAGUGAGACAGGUAGAGACAGAGUGAUAUGGGGUGGACAGAGGAGUAUGCAUGGACGAGACAGAGUGGUAUGGGGUAGACAGAGGAGUGAGCCAGGUAGAGACGGAGUGAUGCAGGGUGGACAGAGGUGUGAGACAGGACGAAGCAGAAAGGUAUGGGAUAGACAAAGGAGUGAGACAGAUCAAGAUGUAGUGAUAUGUAGUGAACAGAAGAGUGAGACAGGUCGAAACCGAGUGAUACCUCGUGAACAUAGGAGUGAUACGGACCGUUGCUUAGCACCAGAGUCCCGCCCUCCUGAUCAGCGUGUGCUCUGUAAAUACUUCCAAGAACUUGAUGCACGCCGUGCUGUUACUACAGCAACAGUAGGUGGGCUGGAGGCAGAGACACUGUAUACUUUUGAUAUUUACCUGAUGAGAAGAUGGGCGCUUCCUGUUAAAUACCACAGCAAGACAGUGCGGACCAGGAGAGACUGCUAAGACCACCCACCCCCACCACCCACACACAAGCAACAGCCCACUGACUGCUCACAUGGCCAUUGUUGCUGUUAUAAGGAUGACAUAUUUAUUAGAGUCCACACAGGACUACACCAAACACACUGCAGGAUCACACCUGUCUGUCACUAUGGAGUGAGACAGGGAAGACUAAGAGUGAGACAGAAAGAUAUAAAAAGAGAGACAGACAGAUGGGAAACUGAGAUCAAAAUGGCAGGAGAAAAAAAGCCCUAUUGGGAUUGGAAUAGUUUUACAUGGGGAGGUGAGGUCAUGUAAUGUUACCACUGAGCGUGUGGGAUAUUUAUGGGAGAUUCACA